GUUUCAGACGCCGGACGCCCGGACGCCGCGACGGGGAGCGUCCCCCGGCCACUCGUAAAGGCAGAACCAGAGGUCAAGUUCAGAUUAAGGUUCUGCUCCGAGUUGGAUAGACGCUCGACCAUGGACUGGUUCUUUGCAGUAACUUUAUUGGCUUGCCUACAAAGCUGCAUUACACUACCGCGGCGAAAUCUAGAGGGUCAUUUCAUUGGAGAGGGAAGCAAUGACCUCGCAACAUCAAUUCUGAAGGGUUACGAGCAUGACACCUCAAAUUUUGUGUUUUCACCACUUGGCUACUCAACGAUUUUAGCAAUUUUAGCUGAGGGUGCAGUAGGAAAAACUAGAGAAGAAAUAAUAUCCACUCUGAAAUUCCCAGUAGAUAACACAGUGGUUCGAGAGACUUUUAAAACUGUCCUACAGCGAAUGACCGACAAAGAGACUUUAAACAAGCCUGAAUUCAAGACCUACUUCUACAUCUACAAGAAUAUAUCAGUCCAUGAUGAAUACAGGAAGGUAUUGUUGGAGAACUAUCUGACAGAGGUCAAGAGUGUUGAACGACCAGAAGAGGAGGGAACAAUAGAAAUUUCUUACGAAAGCAGCACAGAAACAUCAGAAGGAAGUUCGGGCGACGAGGACUUACUGGCUGAAGACAAAAGGCACAGUACAACUCUCUACCCACUCCUCCCUCAGGAGACCACUACAGAAAAGGAACAAGCACAACAAGAGAAAUUACAUUCACGAUCUGAGGUUGUACAUCCCCAACCAGAGAAAGAAUCUGAGAAAAUAAUUAAGAAACAGGUGCAACCAGAGGAUGAGAUAAAAGAAAAAGUUGAUGCAGCAAGGCGAGCGGAAAAUGAGCGAAUUCUCAGGUUGGCAAAAAAAUUCUUGGGAAUCAACUUGCGUCAGAAGAGGUUUAGCCAACCACAAGAGUUGAUGGGCAUCUCUGCUAACCAACUUGGUAGCAAGAAUGGCAAUGAUAUUCAGUCAAAAAUGAUAGUUUUCAACGGUCUUUACUUCAAGGGGUCUUUUGUGACACCUUUCCAAACGACUAAGAAUCAAACUGAUGGUGUUUUUUAUACAAGUGAGAAGGAGAAACUACCAGCUGAAAUGAUGAACGCAUUAGGAAACUUCCAGUAUGGAGAAUUAACAGAUUUAGAUGCUAAGGCUAUUGAGCUACCGUAUGAGGGAGGUCGAUAUUCUCUACUCAUACUUUUACCAAGGACUCGAGGAGGGCUUUCAAAGUUAGUUGCAGAUUUGUCAGGCUAUUCUCUUCGAAAUCUGCACAAACAAAUGUCCGUACAACCUGUCUCCGUGCGGCUACCUAAGUUUGAUUUUAGAGCAAUAAGCAAACCAGUCAGUAUUUUAAAAAAGAGUGGGAUAUCUUCAAUUUUCUCGACUGAUGCUGAUUUAUCAAGAUUGUCACCAGACGAAGGCCUAUUUUUGAAUGAGCUGGUGCAACUGGUAACUAUAAAAGUGGACGAGGACUCAUCAUCUACUAACUUACUUACAGCAUCUGCUUUGUCUUUGCGAUCAAUUUACUCUGUUAAAUUCUAUGCGGAUCACCCAUUCUUGUUCUUCUUAAGAGAUCAUCAAGAGAACAUUAUCAUCUCUGCGGGAAAAAUCGCAAACCCCUCCGAAAGGUACAAAAACUGAAGGAUUACUGAAAAAAGUUAAGAAAUGUUUACGCCAGACACCGCCAAUAACGUUCAAAUGUCCGUUUGUAGAAGUAAUCACUAGAUUAAACUUGACAAAAAUCAAACUUUACUUUAUAUUUUAGACUAGUUGUUGUAUAAUAAAGAAAAGUAUUGUGAUCUCAAAUACAUCAAAUUUCAAAAAAUAAAAGUUCCACUUGAAAAAAAAA